UAUCGAACUGCAAUCAGUGUGUACUGUUUAUCACUGAACUCAGUCGAGGCUGCAACUGGCAAGGACCCCUUAAUAAGGUUUUUAUUUAUUUAAGCUUAGUAGCUUUGGUUAAAGGUUUUCUUAACUUAUUAGCUAGUUGCAGCUAGUUUAUUUGGUUUCUAGCUAGUAUCCAAAGAAACAUUUUGGAUUCCCUUCAUUUUAACGUUACAUGUAUGUCCGUAUAUACAUAAAACAAUAACUUAAGAAGAUCAUACCUUAUAUUCUUGAGAUGAUAAAUUUUCCUGUUUCAUCUACCUCUCUCACACUUUGAGCAAAAAAGUUGCAGCAGUGAUGACCGUUGACUUUCAAAACUGCUUCAGUUUCAUACUCCUCCUCUGCUUCUUCUCCCUUCUCUGUCACUCUCUCUUUUCCAAGAAACUAAAGGAUCAAAAGGUUGGCUAUGCUUUGCCUCCGAGCCCGCCAUCUCUUCCCAUCAUAGGCCAUCUUCACCAUCUCCUCUCUUCCCUAGCACACAAAUCUUUACAGAAGCUCUCAUCUAAGUAUGGACCUCUCCUAUAUCUCCGCAUCUUCAACUUCCCUCUAGUCCUCGUAUCCUCGGCCUCUGCGGCUUACGAGAUCUUCAAGGCCCAUGACUUGAACAUCUCAUCUCGCGACAACCCUCCAAUCGACGAGCCUCUCUUAAUCGGGUCUUCAGUCUUUGUGGGUGCUCCUUAUGGAGAUUAUUGGAAGUUCAUGAAGAAGCUCUUGGUUACAAAGCUGCUGGGGCCACAGGCACUGGAGCGGUCAAGAGGCGUCCGUGCGGAUGAGCUAGAGCGGUUUUACACAAGCCUGCUCGAUAAGGCGAUGAAGAAGCAGAGCGUUGAGAUUUGUAAGGAAGCAACGAAGCUUAUUAUCAACAGCAUCUGCCAGAUGAGCAUGGGAAGGAGUUUCUCAGAGGAGAGUGGUGAGGCUGAGAGAGUUAGAGGUUUGGUCACCGAGUUAGAUGGCUUGACGAAGAAGGUUUUGUUGGUAAACAUAUUGCGUUGGCCGCUAGAGAAGCUUGGAAUCUCACUGUUCAAAAAGGAGAUAAUGUAUGUUUCCGACAACUUUGAUGAAAUACUUGAGAGAGUUCUUGUGGAACAUGAAGAGAAACUAGACAAGCAAAAAGGUAACGACCUGAUGGAUGCGUUGUUGGAAGCUUAUGCAGACGAAAACUCAGAGCAUAAGAUCACUAGGAACCACAUCAAGUCGAUGUUCGUGGAGCUUUUCCUUGGAGGCACUGAUACCUCAGCGCAAACUAUACAAUGGACAAUGGCUGAAAUCACUAACAACCCUAACAUUCUUAAGAGAUUGAGAGAAGAAAUCGAUUCCGUUGUAGGGAAGACAAGGUUGAUUCAAGAAACGGAUCUACCGAAGCUGCCUUAUUUGGAAUAUGUAGUCAAAGAAGGACUAAGAUUGCACCCGCCAUUGCCUCUCGUGGUAAGGACGUUCCAAAGAAGUUGUGAGAUCAAAGGGUUCUACGUACCAGAGAAGACAACACUUGUAGUAAAUACUUAUGCUGUGAUGAGAGAUCCUAUUUCUUGGGAAGAUCCUGAAGAGUUUAAGCCAGAGAGGUUUCUUUUAGGGAAAGAGGAUGAGAGAAGAGCCCUGAAGCACAUUGCUUUCGGAAGCGGAAGGAGAGGCUGUCCUGGAUCAAAUCUAGCUUCUAUUUUCAUAGGUACCGUAAUUGGAACGAUGGUGCAGUGCUUUGACUGGAGAAUCAAAGGAGACAAGGUCGAAAUGGAUGAGGCUGGAGGACUUAACUUGACCAUGGCUCAUCCCCUGAAGUUGACUCCUAUUCCUCGAACCAAACCUUUAAUUUUCUAACCUGCAGUUUCCAAAUUCAUAACUUUACAUGAAGCUGUUGGAAGAAUCACACUAUUCUCUGCAUCGUAUAAACAAACGUUUCCCGGUUCAAAUCGGUUUAUCUUUGGUUUGUUUUUAUUUCAACGGUUUACAAUAUCGAAACCGCAAAUAUUGUCCUGUAAUCAGAAUCAUUCAUUGUGUCUUGUUGUCAUCUCUUUGGGUCUCUUACAGUACUUUCCCUGAAUCUUGUGAAGUUGUGAGAGAUGAAAUUGUAUCGGAGAGUCUCGUUUGAUUUU